CUUGAACCCCCCGAAACGGGCACUUUUCCCCUCUUCCCCCCCCAGGUAGUGUAACAUCGACUCGACGUCUCGCUCUCCCCUCCCCUUCACGAGAUCCAGCGAGAGAUCUCAGCAUUUGAUGACGCAUCUCUCAUCAAAUCUCCCUCUCGAAACCCGUUUCAUCUCAGUUGUAAUCACAAGGAAAGGCGUCUUGCAUUUUGCAACAUUCUUCUAUGUUCGGGGGAGGUCUUGUGACUGUCCCCGUUAAUAGUCCGCAUCUCCGAAAGUCUGGAAGCAGACCCGUUGUCUCUGAUCUUGGUCCUGGUGAGCUGGGAAAUAACGCUGAAGAAGGAUUGUCUCAUUCGGCAGAGGUGAAUGAAAUGAAGGGUGUGGCCACUCCAUUGAGCAGCGCGGCAAUAAUGCCAUCUCCUGUUUUGCUUUGGCGAUUCAAGGUACUAUUAUUUUUCAUCUGGGGCUUCAGUUGUUGCAAGAUAGGAUGGGAUUCCGUAAUGAGAAUGAGUGCAGACCUCCGGGAUCUCUUUCUCUAUGAAGUUUUUCUGUAUUACAAUCCACUUCUUCUUGUGACUAUGAUGGUUUGGCUUUGGGGAAUAAAUUUAUGGGUCUUUGCCCUGACCAAUGUCAAUUAUACUAAAAUUUUUGACCUUGAUCAGUACCAUCUCACUCACAGAGAAAUUUGGAAGUGUGCCACUUGGAUGACAAUCAUUGUCCCAACUAGCAUGACAGCAUAUCUGUACCUUUACUCUCAUGGAGAAGUUUCAUUGGCUGCCUCACAACCAGUGCUCCUGUAUGCUGCUGCUGCAAUGCUGCUUAUAUCUCCAUUCGAUAUUUUCUAUUUGUCAUCACGCUAUUUCUUGUUAAGGACUCUUUGGCGGAUAGUGUUUCCAUUACAGGCAAUAUCAUUUGCUGAUUUUUUCUUGGCUGAUAUUUUAACCUCUAUGGCAAAGGUAUUUUCAGAUUUAGAACGAUCAGUCUGUAGAAUGGUCAAUCGACAGGUUGCAACAAUUGCUUGGUUUGAGGCUGAUUCUGUCUGUGGCAGCCACUCGGUUGCAAUACCUAUAAUUCUUGUUUUGCCUUAUGUCUUCCGUCUUUUCCAAUGUCUUCGACAGUACAAGGAUACUGGGGAAAAAACUACCCUUUUCAAUGCUUUAAAAUAUUCGACUGCAGUGCCAGUGAUUUUUCUUUCAGCCCUUAAAUAUCAUGUCUUCCCUGAUAAGUGGACAAACAUUUAUCGGCCUUUGUGGCUUCUUUCGAGUGUUUUGAACUCGCUGUACUCUUUCUACUGGGAUGUGACACGAGAUUGGGACUUGAGCGGCUUCACAAGGAUUUUCAAGUUCAGCAAACCGAAUAUGUGCUCAAACUUGUUCUAUGGAAGAAGAUGGGUGUAUUUAUGGGUAAUAGGAAGCAAUUUGGUGCUGCGGUGCACCUGGACAUACAAGCUGUCGGCGCAUCUCCGGCACAAUUACCUUACGGUCUUCACAAUCACAGCCCUGGAGAUGCUGCGACGCUUCCAGUGGGUUUUCUUUCGCGUAGAGAAGGAGUGGAAUAAGAUGAACUCCAAAACAAACGCCGCCCUGCCCAUGAGCGAUUUUUCCAAGGAGGAGCAACAGAAGCUCAUCGACUCCACUGCCCACAAUGUAUAGUAGAUAGACAGACAGACAGUAAGUCAGCCAGACAGACCCCCAUUUUUGUUUGUUCCUUUUGAUCACAUUAUUCAUUCAUAUUUUAUAUCAGUUACUUUUUGCCA